AAACCAGGAAUAGAAGCCGAGUACAGCGACUCAGCGAGAGCCAGGCAAACUGACUUCUAAGUUAGGACUUGCUCACUUGCGACGCGAACGGGAAAAGCAGGAACGCCGUGUCGCCGUGUGGCGUGAGUGCUCUUACAGCCAGCGCCGGCCGCCUAUGCGCCUCUUAAAACCGCUUACUGAUUCGGCGUCUCCGCCGCCUGUGGCCUCUCCGGCUGUCCUCUUCAAAUCUCCAAUACAUAUUUCGGCAAUCCGGCUUAAUUGCUUCAAAAAAAGAGCUCGCUGAUAUCUGCUCGGCUUCAAUCUGCAUAACCACUCAAAAGAAGAUACAUAUGAUUCACAUUACUGAAACUGGAAAAUCAUGAAGAGCACAAGGUUUCCAGUACGCUAUCAGAUUGUUUUGUUGACCUUCAUUUGUACAUCUGUCUGCUAUAUAGAGCGUGUUGGUUUUUCCAUUGCCUACACUGUUGCUGCUGAUGCUGCUGGUGUGAAUCAGGCUAGCAAAGGCAUGAUUCUGUCAUCAUUUUACUAUGGGUAUGCCUGCUCACAGGUCCCAGGUGGUUGGGCAGCCCAAAGAAUUGGGGGCAGGCGUGUUCUUCUCCUUUCAUUUGUCUUAUGGUCCCUAACCUGUGCAUUGGUACCCCUUGAUCCAAACAGAGAAGUGGUUUUAGUGAUUGCUCGCUUGCUUGUCGGUGUGGCCCAAGGCUUCAUAUUUCCUUCCAUUCACACUGUCUUAGCACAAUGGGUUCCCCCACAUGAAAGAUCACGAUCUGUUUCUCUUACAACUUCUGGAAUGUAUCUAGGUGCAGCCAUGGGCAUGCUCAUCCUUCCUACCCUUGUAAAGUUCAGAGGUCCGCAAUCUGUGUUUUUAGCUGAAGCUGCUUUAGGUGGAAUGUGGUCCCUACUAUGGUUAAGGUUUUCUAGUGACCCGCCACAUUCCGCUCAUCCAAAAGCAACUGCUGCCGGCUAUGGGGAAACCUUGCUUCCACUCAAAGGAAGUGUGAAGAUGAAAGUAGAGCAUGGAGGGAAUCCUAACAGAAGUCCCAAAAUUCCAUGGAAGCAAAUCGUACUUAGCUUACCAGUUUGGGCAAUUGUUGUGAACAAUUUCACUUUUCAUUACGCUCUUUAUGUACUCAUGAACUGGCUCCCUACAUAUUUUGAGUUAGGCCUCCAAAUCAGCCUUCAAGAUAUGGGAUCUUCUAAGAUGAUGCCUUACUUCAACAUGUUCGUGUUUUCAAAUAUCGGCGGGGUGGCUGCCGACCACUUUAUCACAAAAAGAAUCUUUUCUAUUACCAAAACGAGAAAACUUUUGAACACUCUCGGUUUUGUUGUGGCUUCAUUCGCACUGAUGGCUCUUCCUCUGUUCGAAACACCCAGUGGGGCAUUGUUUUGUUCUUCAGUGGCUCUUGGUUUCUUGGCUUUGGGAAGAGCAGGGUUUGCCAUUAAUCACAUGGAUAUUGCUCCCAGGUAUGCUGGAAUUCUAAUGGGUGUUUCUAAUACAGCCGGAACAUUAGCUGGAAUUGUUGGAGUAGAUCUUACUGGACGGCUGCUAGAAUCUGCUAAGCGUUCUAGACUGGAUCUUACAAGCGCAGAAAGCUGGAUGGCUGUUUUCACCAUUCCAGGGUUUCUUUGUAUUUUCAGCUCUUUUAUUUUUCUAUUAUUCUCUACUGGAGAGCGAGUUUUUGACUGAGGAGCUCCUUCUGCCGUGCAUUCAUGUUUUCCUCAGUGGAGGUGCGUUUUGUUCCUUGACUUUCGUUUACAGCCUAAUACUGAGGAGCUCAUUGGCCUCGAAUAUCAACUCGUAUGGAUAGAUUAUAUUGUAUCACUGAAUUGUACACACACACAAAAAGAGAGGUAGGGGAAAGAGGGAAAGAUCAAGUCCGGUGUGCUCCCGCCAGGCCAGUACUAUUUUGGCCAAAAGUAUUCCAACAGUCCAGAAUUUUUUGUUCAUUAUUCAACCGUUAGAUCAUAUCAACCAUUCAAUUUCAGUGAGGGAAACUUUAUUUUAAUUAUAAUUGAUGUUUGCUAUUGGAUAACAUCUGAAAGAGAACAUGAGUUUAAAGUGUAUAUGUUUGACAAUUGAAGAUCUAAUGGUUGAAGUAAUAGCUGAUACUAAUGAGCAUGGAAAAACUGAACUGUUAACCAAAACCGAAGUUUGCUUUAACAAAUUCCCGUUAGGCUGGCCUGAGAGGAAUAUAUUCUAUAUCUAUACAAGCUGAACUGUCACUCUCUCCACGCACAAUAUAUGUAUAUCUAUGUAUAUAUGCAGUAUGUAGGCAUUUAUAUAUAUGCUGCUGGAACCUAUUGAAACACAACUGUAAUCGGAUAGAUCUCUCAAUUCUUCAGUGUGCCUGGAAGUCAUUUGAAUUUUGACUACAAUAACUGCCGUGGUCUGGAGAUACUGUAAGAUCAAUGUCUAGACAUUCUCUGCCUCUUGUAUGAACGUGCAUUCUUUUUUCCUAGCCAGCUGCUUAUUAUUGCGAUUAUGAUACUAAAUUGUCAAAUUUGGUUAGAAGUAUCAAUUUUUGUAUGAGUUAAUUAGCUUGAAGCCUUUGAACUCUUGAAGGAGAGCGG